AACAAAAGGAAGAAAAAUGGAGACAGAGACUGUUUUAAGUCUCAGACAACAACUCAAGGAAGCAGAGAAUGAGCGAAGAAAGGCAGCACAGUAUGGCUUGCGUUUAUUGGAGUCCCAAAGUGAAAUUCAAAAUCAGCUGGAUCAAGCACGCAGUGAAUUGACUGAGAAAACUGAGAAAUUUGAACAAGAUAAAUAUUCUCUUCAGAGGGAAAUUGAACUGAAGAAUCGAAUGUUGGAAAGCUUGAGUUUUGAAUGUGAUUCUCUUAAGCAACAGCAAAACGUGCAACUGGAUAAACAGAAAGAACACCUUGCCAGAAUCUAUGGACAGGAAAUCAGUGACCUUAAAAACAAGUUGGAGAACCUGAAAGCAGAAUUAGAUGAAGCCCGACUCUCAGAGAAACAACUGAGGCACAAAGUGGAUCAUCAGAGGGAAAUAAUUGCCGCCAAAUCAGAAGAACUACAUAUGAUGUCUGAACGUGUACAUGAGACCAUGUCUUCAGAAUUGCUCAAUCUUCAGAUAGAACUCACUGAACUAGAAUGUGCAAAGACCAAUGUGGAAGAAAAGUUGAAUGAACUGCAAUAUAGUAAAGAACAAUUAGAACUCAUAAACAGUAACUUACGUAAUCAGCUGGAGCACAUGCUGGGUGAAAAAGAAGAGAGAGAAAAAGAAGUUGCUUCUUACUGUAAUGCAUUAGAGAAAGCCCGUGAAGCUAAUCAAGAGCUUCAGGUUCAGUUGGAUCAUGCAGUGCAGCAAUCUUUGGACCCUACAAGUAAAGGCAAUUCUCUCUUUGCUGAGGUGGAGAGCCGUAGGGCAGAAAUGGAACGACAGCUGAUCACUGUGAAAAUAAAAUAUCAGUCACUACAAAAGCAGCAUGCAUUCGCUAGAGAACAGUUGCGAAGAAUGAAGCUGCAAAUGGCUAUGCUGCUACAGAUGAAAGGCUCUCAGGCAGAAUUUGAGCAGCUGGAACGCUUACAGUCAAUGUUAGAACAAAAGAAUGGUGAGAUAGAAGAUCUUCUUAUCAAAGUGAUGCAUCUAGAAAAAUUUAAGACUUUAUAUGAGAAUAUGGAAGAAUCCAGAGCUAGUGGUAGCUCAAAAGGAGGAGAAUCUGUAGAAGAUUACCAUGCAAAUUUACUGCAAAUGAAACUUGACGACUUAAACAAGGAAACUGAAACUUUGAGAAGAGAACUGUCCUUGCAGAGGAUGAAAGCUCUGUUUGAGAGCCAAAGGGUUCUGGAAGUUGAAAGGAAACUCUUUACGAAUGAGCGGCACUUGCAAGCUUGUGAGAGUGAGAACAUGAACUUGCGAGUUAUGCUGGAUGAGCUAAAAAUGAAAUAUGAACCUGAAGAAUUACUUAAGGGCACUAAAAUGAAGAAGAAGACGGAGAAGAUUCCAGUGAACACUACUUGUGAAUACUUGGACAGCAAAAGUACUUCAGUAAAUGAAGCUGCUCUCACUCAAUUGCCAAGCGAGGAAGAAACACUGAUGACUUUCAAGAACUUGGAGCAAAGUGAUGCUUCUCAAAAAAAACAUGCUCUUGAAGCACCACCAAUAAAUAUACCUCUUCAAGCAAUGGAAAAAGUAGAUGAACCUGAAAAACAAAGAAAGAGAGUUAAAAUUAAAGAUGAGAAUCAUGAUGCCUUUCCUUCAUGUAGCAGAAGUGGAAAUAAUUCCUUGACUUCAGCUGCCCCCAGGUUAACAGCUGAAUCCAGAUCUGAAACUACGGAAGAAGAAAAUAAAGAAAAAAUCACGAUUGAGAAGAAAACACAAAAGAAAAAAUAUACAACAAUGUAUGUAUCUUCUAAGCCAACUCCUGAAACAGAGUGUGCUCAGCAAUAA